UUUCGGCUCCCGCCCUCCCACCCCGCUCCGCCAUCAUGAAGUCCUGAACAAAAACGGGUGAGAGCAGAGCAAAAUGGGGAUAACACGAACUGGAGAUGAAAUCCGCGGACAACGUUAACGUAAUGACACCACAAAGUGGAGCACGGAGCGGACCUGCGGAAAUUAAUGAAUCACUUUCUCAUUGAAAGCGUCGCAGGCAGCUCGUGGUGUUAGGUUAUUUAGUUAGCGGCAUUGCUAACAGCAGCUAGAGCUAGCCUCAGAUUUUCUUUAGAAGACAGCUCUGCUACUAGCUACCUGGCUAGUGUAGCUGUCAGGCGUCAGUCAGCUAAAUGUCACUUUAAUUGACUGGCGCUAUACUCAUGUCAGGUCGUGCACUCGUGCUAGCUGACCAGUUGACUGGGGGCACCAGGAUGGAGGGGACUUCGAGUAAAAGCAUCGACAGACAGAAUAUGGUUUAUUCGUGUUGAAUAGACACCAGUGCCGAGGAAAGGGGAGUGAUACCAGUAUUUUCCAGCCAGGCCAGUUAGCUAGCCCCAGAGCUAGCUACAGUGGAUCCCAAAAGCCACGGCGCUGGCCAUGCCGUCGAGUGUGCGGGCCGGGAGCCUGAAGGACCCGGAGGUGGCUGAGCUAUUCUGCAGGGAGGAUCCUGAGAAGCUCUUCACAGACCUGAGGGAGAUCGGCCAUGGGAGCUUCGGAGCAGUCUACUUCGCCCAUGACAUCCGCACCAAUGAGGUGGUGGCCAUCAAAAAGAUGUCCUACAGCGGCAAACAGUCCAAUGAAAAAUGGCAGGAUAUCAUCAAGGAAGUGAAGUUUCUCCAGAAACUGCGCCACCCCAACACUGUUGAGUACCGUGGCUGCUACCUGAGGGAGCACACAGCAUGGCUGGUGAUGGAGUACUGCUUGGGCUCAGCUUCUGACCUUUUAGAAGUCCACAAGAAACCCCUCCAGGAAGUGGAAAUUGCUGCCAUAACCCAUGGUGCAUUGCAGGGAUUGGUGUAUCUUCACUCUCACAACAUGAUUCACAGGGAUGUGAAGGCAGGAAACAUCUUGUUGACAGAGCCAGGUCAGGUCAAACUAGGAGACUUUGGCUCUGCCUCCAUUGUUGCCCCGGCCAACUCCUUUGUGGGAACACCUUACUGGAUGGCUCCUGAGGUGAUCCUGGCCAUGGACGAGGGUCAGUACGAUGGGAAGGUGGAUGUGUGGUCACUUGGCAUUACCUGCAUAGAGCUGGCGGAAAGGAAGCCGCCUCUGUUCAACAUGAAUGCUAUGAGUGCCUUAUACCACAUCGCCCAGAAUGAGAGCCCUGUGCUGCAGUCUAAUCACUGGUCGGAUUAUUUCCGCAAUUUUGUGGACUCCUGUUUGCAGAAGAUCGCCCAGGACAGACCUACCUCUGAUGUGCUGCUCAAGCACCAUUUCCUAUGCAGAGAGCGUCCCAUGACAGUUGUGAUGGACUUGAUUGCACGAACCAAGGAUGCUGUCCGUGAGCUGGACAAUCUUCAGUACCGGAAGAUGAAGAAAAUCCUCUUCCAUGAGGCACACAACGGUCCUGUGCCAGAAGGAGGUGAUGAUGAAGAGGAUGUGGAGCAGUAUAUGCUACGCACUGGCACAGUGAACAGCAUGGAGAGCUCCCACUCUCUGCCAUCAAUGUCAAUCAGCGCCAGCUCCCAGAGCAGCUCGGUCAACAGCCUGGCAGACGGCUCCGACGACAGCGGGGAAAUGGCCAUGAUGCAGGAGGGAGAGCACACCGUCACCUCCAACAGCUCUGUCCUGCACAAGCCCCUGAGCCAUGACAACAUCUACGACGAUCCCUAUCAGCCAGAGGUCGAUUCACAACGAGAAGCUUCAUCUGCCAGUGGCGGUGGUGGUGGUGGCGGCGGAGGAGGAGGGAGACGGCGUCGAGGCCGAGACCAUUUUGCCACCAUCAGGACAGCCUCACUUGUCACUCGUCAGAUCCAAGAACAUGAGCAGGGGUCGGCAUUGAGAGAGCAGAUGUCUGGGUACAAGCGAAUGCGGCGGCAGCACCAGAAGCAGCUGAUGGGCCUGGAGAACAAGCUCAAGGCAGAGAUGGAUGAGCAUCAGCUGAGACUGGACAAAGAGCUAGAGAAUCAGAGGAACAGCUUCUCAAUGGAAGGAGAAAAGCUCUCUAAGAAGCACCAGGCUAUCAUGGAGAAGGAGACAAAGGCAGUCUUGACUGAGGAGAAGAAGUUCCAGCAGCACAUUCUGGCCCAGCAAAAGAAGGAGUUGACCAGUUUGCUGGAGUCUCAGAAACGGCAGUAUCGACAGCGCAAGGAGCAGCUCAAAGAGGAGCUGAAUGAGAACCAGUCCACACCAAAGCGGGAGAAACAGGAGUGGCUGGUGCAUCAGAAGGAGUGUCUGCAGCUACAGGCGGAGGAAGAGGCAGGUUUGCUGCGACGGCAGAGGCAGUAUUAUGAGCUACAGUGUCGCCAGUACAAGAGAAAGAUGCUGCUGUCACGUCACAACCUGGAGCAAGAUCUGCUUCGAGAGGCAUUAAUAUGGAGGAAGGAACUAAACAAGAAGCAGACUCUGAAGGACUUGGAUUGUGCCAUGCUGCUGCGUCACCACGAGUCUACCCAGGAGCUGGAGUUCCGCCAGCUGAGUUUGGUGCAGCAUACGCGGGCUGAGCUGAUCCGCACGCAGCACCAGACGGAACUCACCAACCAGAUGGAGUAUAACAAGCGGCGUGAGCAGGAGCUGCGUCAGAAACACGCCGUGGAGGUCCGCCAACAGCCCAAGAGCCUCAAAUCCAAAGAGCUUCAGAUUAAACGUCAGUUCCAGGACACCUGUAAGAUCCAAACCCGUCAGUACAAGGCCCUGCGCAACCACCUGCUGGAAAACACGCCCAAGUCAGACCACAAGGCCGUGCUGAAGCGGCUGAAGGAUGAGCAGACUCGUAAGCUGGCCAUCCUGGCCGAGCAGUAUGACCACUCCAUCAAUGAUAUGCUGUCCACACAGGCUCUGCGAUUGGAUGAGACCCAGGAAGCGGAGUACAAGGUGCUACGGAUGCAGCUGCAGCAGGAGUUGGAGCUGCUGAACGCCUACCAGAGCAAGAUCAAGAUCCACACCGACACACAGCAUGAGCGGGAGGUCAAGGACCUGGAGCAGAGGGUGUCCAUCCGCCGCGCCCUGCUGGAGCAGAGGAUUGAGGAGGAGAUGCUUUCCCUGCAGAAUGAGCGCUCAGAACGUAUCCGCACCCUCCUGGAGCGCCAGGCCAGUGAGAUCGAGGCCUUUGACUCGGAGAGUCUGCGUUUAGGCUUCAGCAGCAUGGCACUGACCGGCAUCCCCAGCGAGGCCUACCCCAAGCAGGGCUACUCCAACGCACCACCCCCUGGCUCUCGCUCUGCCAGUCACUGGAGUCACGGCAUGCACCCACAGAACACACCCGCGCAGCAACACUCCCGCCGCAGCCACAACAGCAGCAGUGGCGGCGUAGGGGACCACAGGAGCGAGUCCUCUUCCUCCCAUGGCCUGGGAAUGGCCCUGGGGCUGGGGCGAGACGGGAGGGAGGUGCACCACUCAUCCCGUUCCUCUGCCUCCUCUUCCUCCUCCUCCUCCUCGUCUUCCUCCCACCACCAGCGGCACCACCUGCCCCAGCACUACCACCACCAGAGCACACCACAGCUGUACCGUGAGCGGGAGAGGGAUCGAGAUAGAGAGCGGGAGAAGGAGAGGGAACGGGAGUGGAGCGGAGUGCGAGGCUCAGGUGGUGACCUAGCCCACCCACACCCUCUGCCCUUCUCCCAUCACCUGCCCUCACGCUCCUCCUCUCAGUCCCUGGCCAUGCUACCUCCCCCGCCUCCCGCCCCUCCCACCAUCUCUGGCCCAUCUUCCUCUUCCUCUUCUUCCUCCUCACAGGGGGGGAUAUACGGAGGUGGAGGGCUGGGUGUGCGUGGUGCCCCCAGCCUGUUGGCCCUGAGAAACAGCCCCCAGCCUCUGAGGAGGACGGCGUCUGGCGGGGGGCCCGGAGGCGCCGGAGGCAAUGAUGGUGUCCUGAGCCGAAGCACCUCAGUCACCUCACACAUCUCUAAUGGCUCCCACCUCUCCUACUCCUAAAUGGCAGGAGGAAGAGCGAAAGACAGGGUGGUAACAAGAACGGUGGGAGCGAUUUUGGAAGGUAGCUAUCACAGGUUGCAUCUCAGUACUCUCAGCUUGCCACCUUGCCUUGUGUCCUUUCUGGGACUGAUCUCAGCUCUCAGAAAAACAGAGGAUUUAGGGACAUCGCCACAAAGUGGUCAGUCAACAACAGAGGCAAAGAGAAGACAAACUGACAUUAUUGAGCUGCACCCUGCUUGUUUAGACUCAGGGUGGGUAGAGAGGGUUUCUCCCAUUCUCACAAAGAGGAAGGCAUGUAACACCUGUAGUACCGCUGGUUUAAGGUGAUAUUACAUUAAGAAAAAAGGUUUAGGUUUAAUGUUUUUCUCAUUGUUACGGCCUGUAAAAAGUGAGAUGUGUGACAAGAGGGACAUUUUGCCUUUUUUCUCCCAGAGCUGCAGCCAUGUCUUCUUCUAUGAUGUUCUGUGCUGGAAUGGAGAAAGAGUGAGGACAGGGAGAGGGGAAAAAAAGGAAAAGAAUGUUUUUUCGCAUUGUGUAUGUACUUGUAUGUAGUCUGUAGUGUCAAGAUAUUAUCUAGCAAGCACUCGUAACUUGGGCUCCAGAAAAGAAAAAGGGGGAGAAUCACAAAAGAUACUUAAGUCUCCAGCCUGCUGGAGAUGGAAAAACAACUUUUUAUUGUUUCAAAAUUGUUUUUUUGUAUUAAGUGUAUAAAAAAAUCAAAAACAAGUUGCUUAGAAAGUCACCAAUGCCUUUAAGAUUCUUAAAGGGAAGUUUUCAUUUGAUGACUGCAAGAUUAUUUAAAAGCGAAUACACAAAAUGUUUGUAAAGAUGAGAGAAUCUGUUCUAAAAAUGCAGCUUGGAUCAGGAGAAACAUUUGAGUGGACAUGUACAAAUGCAAAAAAAAAAAAAACUGCUUUCUGGCAUCCAUGACAUAUUGAAUAUAUAAACAACAUACAGUAGGUGUCUAUGGGAGUCACUCCAAUGCAUGAGAUAGAUGUACAAAAAUAAAAAUAAAAUAAAAAAAAAAUUGUAAACAUGACUAAACACAUCUGAAAUGUACCGUAACGUCCAAGUUUCACUGGCAUUUAAGAUCACUUGUACCACAUUUUUUUUAAUCUUUAUUGUACAUAUUUAUGGGAACAUUAAAAAACAAAAAAGUCAUUUGGUUUUAUAGAGUAACAAAGAUAAUGAUAGUAAUUUUGAUAUAUUCAAAUGAGUAUCGAAUUCAAGAUUUAGAGCAACAACUCCAACUGCAUUUUCUAUAGGUGUCAAUAUUACCAUAACUAAUCCUGAUGUAAUUGUUGUUGUAAUCAUGUUCACAUUUUUCUUGCGAGAAGAAAAGGGCCCACUUUUGACUGUAAAAAUAUUGGUUAUAAAAACUGUUGCAUUGUCAGGUAUGGUGUGUUCAAGGUAUUAAUGAUUAUUAAUAAGGGAUUAUUAAUAAUUGUUAAUGAUUUAUGUGCGUGUGUUGAGCAGUAAAGUCUAGCUAUAUUACCACUUUUGUAGAGAAGUUUUAAAAGGCACGCCCCACUGUUCACAUGAACUCUGACCUCCUCCUCUGGACUCAUAAAAACAAAAGAUUUUACAAUUGGCCACUGGAAUGUAAGUGCUGAUUUCCCUUUUUUUUAAAUUUGUUUUCAGUUCAGAGUUCAGUUUCCACACAGAACUUCUUGGAGGGGGAGGGGGAGGGGGUUUAGGGAGAUGGCAGCUGGAAGUGUGUAAAGAAGAAGAAAACUUGAAAGGACGGAUGUCGACUGAGCGGCUGUGAACGUGCACCCUCUUGUGCCGGCGCAGCAGCAGUGACCGGAGCAGCCCGUCCUCACAGACAGACCAAUCAGUGUUUAAUGAUGCUUCUGAGGCCCAAAGGUUCGUCCUUCCUUCUCCUGGGCUCAUGUUUACUUGAAGGAUAUCACAAUAACUGGACUUUUUGUUGGUGUUUUUUUUUAAUUAUUUUAAUUGCAAGAAAAAAGAGAAAAAAAAUCAUCCUGCUGUUUGUAUGACUCAGAAACACCAGCUUAAGACAAUUCCCUGUAUAACCUACUACUUUAUGCUCGGUUGGAAUCUCAGUGCAUGCAUAAAUUCCUUAUAUAAACUAAGACUGGUGAGUUCAGGGUGGCCUUUAUGUUGGGGAACCAGUGUGGUAGUGUUUGUAGACGUGUCAGUGUCAGAGGCUGUGGCGAGAGCAGGGAGUCUCAGUCUCACGCCUGGAGGAAGGAUGAAGAUGAAAAAGCAACAACGCAAUCUCAUCUGAUACUUGCAGAUUUUUGGGGGGUGGGGUGGGGGGUGGAUCCUUAUGAAUUAUUGAAAUCAAGCAAUUCCAAGCUUGAGGGGGACAGGGAAAAAGGGUUCCAACACAUGUAUAGGAAAAGAAAUGGGGUGCUUUAAACAUAAUUUUAAAAAAUAAAUUGAUAUUAACACAUUAACUCAUCAUAAUCUGAUGUGCUUUACUCUGAUGACAUUAAGGUGUUUAUUACAGGGCUGUAACUAAAUUAUUUUAGAGCUAAAACAAAAUGGAUUCGUUGAUUGACUGGAGUUAAAUAUUUAA